AUGGAGGAUUUGUCUUCUGAAAAUCAGCAAAUAAAUGUUUAUGAGAAACAUAGCGAAGAAAAUGAAUAUGUGCCAACUCAAGGAAGUCAGGUAUUCAAAAGUAAGGAUGAAUUGCUCAAUUGGGUACAUGAAGUUGGAAAGAGAAAUAGUUUGGUCAUUGUAAUCAAAACAUCAGACUAUGGUGAAAGGAAAAAAAGACCCAGGAAGUAUCUUGCUUGUGAGAGGAGUGGCCAAUAUAGAGCGACAAAGAAGUUAAAACAUGAUGGCAACAAUAUAUCAAGAAUAACCGGUACGAAGAAGUGUGGUUGUCCUUUUGAUAUGAGGGCUCACAGGUUUACCACACAUGAUGAAUGGACAUUGACCGUAGUAUGCGGAUUGCAUAGCCAUCCACCUGCGGAGUACCUUGAGGGACAUUCAUAUGCGGAGAGGCCAUCAAAGGAUGAGAAAACAUUGUUAAUGGAUAUGUCAAAGAGCAUGGUUUGGCCAAAAGAAAUCCUAGUAACCUUGAAACAUCGAGAUGCCCUCAAUUAUGAGAGGGCCGAUAACUAUGCGUGGGUGUUAGUUACAUUGCGUGAUGUCAUGGAUGGUUUUGUUGUGCCAACAAUUAUUGUUACUGACAGAGAGCUAACCUUGAUAAAUGCCAUACAAAAGAUAUUCUCGAGUGGCAGACAUUUAUUAUGUCGUUGGCAUAUCAAUAAGAUUGUAUUGACCAAAUGCAAGAAAAUGUUUGAGACACAACAGAAAUGGGAGAAGUUCAACCAUGAGUGGAACUCUUUAGUGUAUUCAUCUUCUGAAAUUCAAUACAAUGAGCGUCUUAAAUCAUUACUUAAGGAAUUUAGUAGUUAUCCUGAUGCAGUCAAAUACGUCAUGGAUACUUGGUUGGUUCCUUACAAGGAGAAAUUUGUAGCGGCAUGGACAGACACGUGGCUGAGAGUACACAUGCAAAACUUAAAAGACAAUUGGGUUCAUGUCAAGUCUCAAUUUAGUCAUUAUUUGAGAAAAUACACAUUCAGGGAGUUACAGGGUAAUGUGUCUAUCUUUGCAUUAGAGUAUUUGCUUGUAGAGAGUAAGAGAGCCAAUUCCAUUGGUAUUGAUGUUGAAGCUUGUGGAUGCGUCCUUCACCACACUCAUGGUUUACCUUGUGCCCAUGAGAUUACUGACUACAUCAGACAAGAUCGUCCUAUACCACUUGCUACCAUACACUCGCAGUGGAGGCAACUUCAUAUCUCCAUAUGCAAGAAAGAAGAGGAAACGAAGGUGAGUUGUCAUGCAGAAGUAGAUUUGUUUAUGAACAAGUUUAAUGAAAGUGAUAGAACCAUGCAGUUGGAGCUUUUGAAGAAGUUGAAAGAGAUUAGAUAUCCGGGAAGCACUUUUCUUGUUGAGCCGGAGGUGAAGCCCAAAACACGUCCUCGGGAUCAUAAGAAGAUCAACGUUUCUACCCGUCGUGACCCGUGUUCAUUUGAGUUAGUGCAAUCUGGACAUGAUUCCGUCUCACCUGGGGACACUCAAAUCACUACAUUAGCUUCUACUUUGGAAACCAAGAAGAAGCGACCUGUUAAGGGAAAGGAGAAGGUGAAUACGAAAGGGAAGGUAUACAUUACUAGAACAGUGAAACUUGGUGCAUAUGUUGAUGCUUUCCCUUCUGGGUUGAAACCAUACAUUAAGUUUGUAAAGGAUGUAACUACAGAUAGGAAUUGUGGUUUCAGGGCUAUAACUGCUUUAAUUGGUCAUACAGAAGAUGAUUGGGCUCAGCAAUGUCUCACCUUUUUACCUCUUAGAACAAUGCCAGUACCUCAACUUGAUAGACGUAAGAUUGCCAUUGGGUUUGUCAACGGAAAUCAUGUCGUCCAGGUUUUGUUGCAGCCAGGCCAUCCAGUUCCUCCUAUAGCCACUAAUUGGCGAAAAUACCAUCACCCUUGCGCUGUCGACUGGGAUGAUACAUAUGUGCGCUACAUUCAACAUUUCAAGGACAUUGUUCAUGAUAAUGUAGCUACUCAAGAGACAUUUGAUGUUGUUGAUGUCGCAUGA